AUGUCGAUCUCAGCAUCGGAAGGUGAGCAGGAGUCCUCGGGAGAUGAAGACUCGGCUGCGCUCCCUCCCUCUGGGACUGUAGCGUUGCCCGAGGCCGAUCCCGAGUUGACGGCUGUGCUUUCCCGGGCAGUCGAGAGUGUUGGACUCGUGUGGAACCCUCCACCCUUUCCCGGGCCCUCUCGGCUUGAUGAUUGGUACCUCGGGGCGGGCCGCGCUGGUCAAACCCAGCGUCCCACCCCGAUGCCUUUCUUCCCGGAGGUGCACGAUGAGGUGACCAGAUCUUGGCGGGCGCCGUAUAGCGUUCGUGCGAGGUCUGGACCCUCGUCCGCCUUCACCUCCCUGGAUGGCGGAGAGGCUAGGGGAUACUCGAGGAUCCCGCCAGUCGAGCGAGAUGGUCCCAGUGUGAAAGCAUCUUUGGAGAUACCAACAUGUGCUCUACAGCUGCAAUAUUUACAUGCACAUGAGAAAAUACAUACUGGUGUGAGAGAGUACAUGUGCUUUGAGUGUGAGAAGACUUUUACUACAGCAAACCAUUUAAAAGUGCACCAGAGAAUUCACACUGGAGAAAAACCUUUCAAGUGUUCACACUGUGACAACAGAUUCAGUCAAUCAGAACAUCUGAAAACACAUGAGAGGAUCCACACUGGAGAAAACCCUUACAAGUGUUCACACUGUAACAAGAGAUUCAAUAGGUCAGGAACACUGAAAACACAUGAGAGGAUCCACAGCAGAGAGAAGCCGCACACGUGUGAUCAGUGUGGAAAGAGUUUCUCUAUUAAAAGUCACCUGAAGAUACACAUAAGAAUUCACACUGGAGAAAAGCCUUUCACCUGCCAACAAUGUGGACAGAGUUUCACAUAUAAAGGAAGCCUUAAAGUCCACAUGAGAACUCACACUGGAGAGAAGCCUUACACCUGCCAACAAUGUGGACAGAGUUUCAGUCAAAAAAUAAGCCUUAAAGUCCACAUGAGAAUUCACACUGGAGAGAAGCCUUACACCUGCCAACAAUGUGGACAGAGUUUCACACGUGAAGGAAGCCUUAAAGUCCACAUGAGAAUUCACACUGGAGAGAAGCCUUACACCUGCCAACAAUGUGGACAGAGUUUCAGUCAAAAAAUAAGCCUUAUAGGCCACAUGAUAACUCACACUGGAGAGAAACCUUUCACCUGCCACAAAUGUGGACAGAGUUUCACAUAUAAAGGAAGCCUUAAAGUCCACAUGAGAAAUCACACCAGAGAGAAGCCUUACACCUGCCAACAAUGUGGACAGAUUUUCAGUCAAAAAAUAAGCCUUAAAGUCCACAUGAGAAUUCACACUGGAGAGAAGCCUUACACCUGCAAACAAUGUGGACAGAGUUUCACACGUGAAGGAAGCCUUAAAGUCCACAUGAGAAUUCACACCGGAGAGAAGCCUUUCACCUGCCAACAAUGUGGACAGAGUUUCAGUCAAAAAUUAAGCCUUAUAGGCCACAUGAUAACUCACACUGGAGAGAAACCUUUCACUUGCCAAGAGUGUGGAAAGGGUUUCAUUAGAAAUGAAAACCUUAAAGUCCACAUGAGAGUUCACACUGGAGACAAGCCAUAUAUCUGCCGACAAUGUCAACAGAGUUUCAGUUAUAAAAGAAGCCUUAAAGACCACAUGAGAACUCACACUGGAGAAAAGCCUUAAGGCAGGAACACACCAAGUCAGUUGUCGGGUAGUUUUUGUUCGGCCGACUAAGGCUAUGUCCACACGAAGCCGGAGCUUACCCUAUCCAAUCUUUUUUUUUCUCAUCUCAAGAAAUAUCUGCGUCCACACGAAACCUCUGAAACUAAUCAAAACGAUGUAGUAUACAAGCCAGACCAGUAUGUGGCGCUGUAAUUCUGCCACAGGGAUACAAAAAGACUUGGAGCAUGAGCAUAAACCUUGUGCACUGUAUACAAACUAUAGUAAAGCUUAGAAAUAACACUUUAUUUUGGCUCAGUAGCUUCUGCAGCACGAAUACAAGCAUCAAGAGUCUGCUAUUGUUGUUGUUGUUGCUGUUAGCGGCGUCUGACUAGGGUCGAAAUAAUACGGAUAAUCGAAAAAAUAUACGGAUAGGCUGUACACAAAAACGCAAAGACGGCGUUUUCAGAUUUAUCCACUCUGGGGGCCGGUUUAAAAAAAAUGGCAUUUUCGGAAGAUGAAACUGCUGGAUCCGUGUGGACAAAACGCCUAUCCAAUACAAAAUUUGUGCAUAUUCACAAAAAUGUGUCUCCAUGUGGACGGGCCCUAAGUUUUCUCAGUGUGUUCCACACCGUCAGCUGAAGUUGGUCCUCCACAUACAGCGUCUGCUUUUUUUUUCAGGACAUGUUGAAUCGGCAUUGGAGCUCCUCGGUCCAUCUGAUCAUUCUGAUUGGCUGUUCAGCUACUGCCACCUGCUGGUUCGGAAAGGCAUUUCAUCUUACGCAGGCGCAGAAGGGACGUGCUACUUGUCCGUCGGCUGUCUAGCGUCGGUUUGGUGUGUCAGGGCAACUUUGUACACAGACACUGCCGACGUGAGCCUAAACCCGCAGUCAGCUUUCGGCACCACUAGUUUGUUGGUGUUCGGGAAUGACUUCACACAAGGAACAAAGCCUUAUGGAAUACAUGAAUAUUCACACUGAAGAGAAGUCAUUUACAUGUGAUUAGUGUGGAAAGAGUUUCAUAUUUAAAGGUGACCUUAAGGUCCACAUGAGGAUUCACUCGAAAGAGAACUGUUUUAGAAGUCAUACCUGUGGAAAGAGCAGAGGUGUAAAGAGUACCUGAAAACAAUUCUUGAAUAAAAGUACACAUACUUUACAACAAAAAUGACUCUGUUACAAGUUAUAAGUGACCAAUUCUAAGACAAUUUGAGUUAAAGUCUUGGAGUAUCUGAUUUUAACUGUACUUUGUCAUUAUUAUUGUUCCUUGUUAAAGAUACAGCCAUGAUAUUUUCCCUGAUCUUGUAUGUAAUUAUUGGUCCUGCAAUAAAAAUAAAGAUAUGAGCAACAGGUGCACUAACACCUCACAGCACCAGUAACUCCACAACCCUA